UGUCUCACUAUUCGGUGCAACUGUUCGCAGUUUUGAUCUUAAACUUGUCGAGUGCAAAUCAACAAUGAAGAGCACAUAGUCGAUGCAGUGAGGUGAAUUUAAAGAUAUAUAUAAUUUAAAAAAGAAGCACUCAUAGACCACAUACAUCAUAGUGCAUUGAUAAAGGGAUUAAUUUUUAAAACUGUCAAUAGCCUAGAUUGAAGUUUCAUAAUAAUCGUUUUCAUAAUAAUUGAAAAAGAUGAUGUUCAAUCCUUCAUUGAAAUUCCGAAGACAAGCCAAAGGUAAAAUACAAAAAAAAUGGCAAUUGUUUAACGCCACGGACUUUCAGUCCUUGAUGUAUCCCUGCUUCACUUUCUGUCGCAUUCUCGGAAUGUUUCCAUACAAAAUCAACACUUCGACGUUAGAGAUUUACAAACCGCUCUUCAUUGUGUGGUCCGUCAUUGUCUGCGUUUGCUGUAUUGGCGAACUGGUAAUAUUGUACCAGAUCAACAUUUCUGGAACGAUCAACAUGAGAAGCGUACCCAGAACUCUCGAGCGUAGUAGUUACUAUUCGCUCAGCAAUUUGGUAGUAGUUGUCACGUACAUUUUGAGUGGUCCACGAAUGCGUUUGCUUCAAACCAUAUUGGACAUCUCGUCGACAUUGCCCUUGGAAUCGUAUCGGAAGCUGUCCUGGUUAAUUCACACGAAGGAUAUUAUCGGUACUUCUUAUGUAAUUGGAAUCGUGCUAAUAUAUCAUUCUAGAAUGAGAGUUGAUGUCAUGAUGAAAUUUUUCGUAAUUUACGUCAAUAUGUUGGUAUUUGAAAUGGACAUGAUGUACAUGAAUUGUGUUUGCGUAUUAAAGGCCUGUUUCAAGGGAAUAAAUGACAAUUUGAUAAAUCUGCAAAAACUCAUCGUGAAUAGUGAGACUCAUCUUUUCCAACCGAUCUAUUAUGUGCAGAGAAAUUCUUUCCUGUUGAUAAAGCUCAAAGCUUUGAAGAAGCAGCAUCUAAGAGUCAGUGAUACAGUGCAGAUGCUGAAUAUAAUUUUCAGUUUGCAAAUCAUAGCUACCAUAAUAUUGACUUUUAUCGAGAUGACAUUUAAUAUAUACUAUUAUAUACUGCAGUGGAGAGAAGAUGUGUUAAUACUUAUUAUGGAGAAGCAGCUCUAUCAUGCGUACUUCUUCAUAUGCAUUGCAUAUUUUUUCACAAAGAUAACAUUGAUAAUAUGGGCCUGCGAGACCGGCAAGAAUCAGGCCUCAGAAAUUGGCACAACCGUUCAUGAUGUGCUUAACUGCACCAACAAUGAGCAAAUCAAAUACGAGCUGCAGCUAUUUUCCUUGCAAAUACUGCACCAUAAAAAUAAAUUCUCUGCAAAGGGUUUCACUGUGGAUGCGACGCUUCUUGCCGCGAUAAUAGGUAACGUCACUACGUACAUAUUAAUCUUAAUGCAAUUCUUAAGUGCAUCGUAUUCUUGUGAUGGAAAGACAAUUGUCAACGUUACACUAAUUAAAAACGACAAAUAA